GAUAAAAGGGAGACUGAAACAUGAUCACGCUCUGUAUUUUGCAGAGAGAUUAAUGGGAGAACUGUCCGCUAAUGCUGUCAGCCACCAUCCGAGCCCAGCUCUGCUCCUAACAGGCUGCUGACAGAUAUCUGAGCAGCAGGUCAAGCCUGAGUUGGUGUGAAGGUUCAAGAUUCCACAAGUAUUGGUUCAUGAACUGGGCUGUGUGUGACAGAGCUGGGGCCUGCAAUGAGAAGUAUAAAACAGGAGACUGGGUUGACAGUCCGUCAGUCCAAACAAGGUGGAACAGCUGUGAAGAGCAGUAAACCACAGACAGGACCCUGCUUGACCCUGAGUGUUUCUUCCAUCUCCCUUCAGUGGAAACCCAGUUGCUGCUGCCACCAUGAGCCGCAGCCCAGAGAGGAUCUCAUCCUACCGCCGUCACUUUGUGGACAGCAGCAGCUCGUCCUACCAGGUCAGGGUGUCCAGCCCAUCCCCCACCAGGAGAGAUGUCCGUCAUGCAUCCGCUGGCUACCCCUGCAGACCCGGGGCCGGCAGCAUGCGUGUGGAGUCUGCUGGACGAAGGACCGUCUCAGCUGCCCGCAAGACUCGCAUGGUUGGAGCUGGUGUAAGUGCUGGAGCUAUGGUCUGUGUUGGGCCGAGUGGAGAACCUGCUAUAGAUCUGGAUGUUGCUGCAGCUGAGAACCAAGAAUUCCUCAGCACCCGCACAAGUGAGAGGCAGGAAAUGAUCGUCCUCAAUGACAGACUGGCUGUUUACAUUGACAAGGUCAGAUCACUUGAGCAGCAGAACAAGCUAUUGGAAGCAGAGAUUGAGGCCUACCAGAACCGCUUUGAGAAGCCAUCAGGUCUGCGCCUCUUAUAUGAGGAACAGUUGAGGGAGCUGAACAAGAUCGCCGACCAGAUGAGAGCUCAACGGGACAUUGCCUUGGCUGCUAAGGGUUCCACAGCUGCUCAACUAGAGGCAAUCAAAAUCAAAUAUGAGGAGGCAGUGGAGCUGAGGAGGAAAGCUGAGUUAGAAAUUGAAGCCUUCCGUCCAGAUGUUGACAAAGCCACCUCCUCCCGCAUUAUCUUGGAAAAGAAGCUGGAGCAGCUGGAAGUUGAAAUUGAAUUCCUAAAACGGGUCCAUCAACAGGAAAUUGAGGAGCUCAUGAAACAGAUUUAUGCAGCUCACGCCACAGCUCACAGUGCCUUCACCAUACCUGAUCUUGCAGCUGCUUUGAAACAAAUCCAAAACCAGUAUGACGACAUUGCAGCCAAAAACCUCCAGGAGAUGGAUUCAUGGUAUAAAAAUAAAUUUGAAGAUCUAACCAAUAAGACAUCAAAGCACGUGGACAGAGUUCGAAACAUUAGAGAAGAAAUAGCGGGCGCCAAAAAGGAUAUCCAAAGCAAAGAACGUGACUUGGAUAAUCUGAGGACCAGGAAUGAAGCUCUUGAAGCCCAGAUCCGAGAGAUGCAAGAAAAGUACAAGAAGGAGCUGGAAGACCUGCAGGCCCGGAUUGAGGCCCUGCAGCUUGAGUUGAAAUCCACCAAGGAGAGAAUUGCACUGCUCCUGCGUGAGUACCAGGACCUCCUGAAUCUCAAGAUGUCUCUGGAGAUUGAGAUUACAACAUACAGAAAACUUAUUGAAGGAGAAGACCUGCGGCUCUCUGGCAUGAUGCAAACGCUGUCUCUGACCGGCUGUAAUUUGAGUGCCAUUGAGGGGGGAAUGAGCUUCGGUGGAGGAGGUGCGGGUGGUGUUGGUGGAAUGGGUGGUGGAUCAAUUGGUGGUACUGCUGGAGGUAUUGGAGGCAUGGGGAGUGGAGUAGGAAUCGGUGCAGGAGGCAUGGGCACUGGUCUAGGCAGUGGAGGAAUGGGUGGAAGAAUGGGUGCUGGAGGUCCAGAUGAUAAGAUGGGUCCUGCUGGUAGGGCAGGUGGGGCAGACCUGGGUGCUGGAGGUGUAGGUGCUGCAGGUUUGGGCACUGGGACUGGAGGAGUGGGUGCUGCAGGUUUGGGAGCUGCAGGUUUGGGCACUGGGACUGGAGGACUGGGUGCUGGAGGUUUGGGCACUGGGACUGGAGGAGUGGGUGUUGGAGGUGUGGGCACUGGGACUGGAGGAGUGGGUGCUGGAGGUGUGGGCACUGGUGCUGGAGGUCUGGGCACUGGUGCUGGAGGCAAGGCUGACAGCAGUGUGGGUGGAGUAGGUGGUGGAACUGCAGGUUCAGAUGGCACUGGCAUUGGUUUAAGUGGGGGACACAGCGGGUCUGGUGCAGGGACAGGUAAUGAAAUUAGCGGAGGCUUAGAUGGAGGAAAAGAUCAUGGAAUGGGUCCUGCUGGAUUGCGGGGCGGAAUUGGAGGCAGUGGAGGGACUGAGGGUGUAGGUGGAGGUGAUGAAGGUGUGCUGUCAGGCGAUAGCGGAAUGGGGAAGAUUGGUGGAGGAACAGGUGACGCCACUGUUGCUGGGAUGGGCUAUGGAUCCAAUGGAUAUGAUGCCAGCGACGAUGCCUACGCAGGGCAGGCUGUGGAGCUGACAGAGAGAAGGACAGUGCUCAUUAGAACGGUCAAAAACGAGGAUGACGUGCUGGAGACAGACCACCAGGAACAAACCUACACCAUCACCGGGGCAGCCGAUGAGACUGACGAUGAAAACUGACCAGCACGAAUUCCCAAGUGACCUCCUUUCGCCCUUAAACCUCCACGCCCCUCUGAGCUUUGCACUGACCAAACCCCAUGUCUGGACACUGACCUUUGGCCUUUGCCCCGGACAAGAAGACCAUGACUGACCCUUUGCUAUAGAGUGAAACCUUAACUUCAUAGGGUUUAAACAUGCUUCACCAGGAACACUUAACAUGGUCUCUAAACUUUUGUGUGCCUUACAACCCCCCAACCCUUUUCUUCUUGCCACAA